UAGAAAUUUUUUUUUUUUUUUGAAAAGGGGGAGAAUAAGCCUAUAAACAAACGGGCAAUUCAAGCAAAGCCGCAACGAAAAGGCCCAAAGCCUUCUUCUUCUUUGUCUCUCUUUGGUUCUCUCCUCCUUUCUCUGAAGCAAACAACUGAAACAAACCCGCAAGCAACACCUGCAAUAAGCCUACAACCAGUCUCAGCGAAAAUGUUUCAUUUCAACACUCCAGGGUUCAAAUGUCUUGCCAUUUCGUGAUUUUCUGACUUGUUAGGGGACUAAGAGCAGCUCUUGGUCCCUGGCCUAUGACUUGCAAUUGGAUCUUGAUGCCUAAGGGAAGACAAUGAGUGGAAAACUCCAUUGCCCAUUUCUUGGGGUUUCACUUCACAGUUCUCUAAAUGGUAGAAACAAUGGAAAUUUCAUUUGUUGGGAAAGAGGGCAUGUGGCAAAAAGGGCUCCUCGCAGGUGUGUAUGUGAAAAGCAGAAUUAUUGGAUUACCCAAGCAAUUAGAGUUUCACAGUUAUGGGGGAAAAAUGUGGAAUUGUUAAGGAGAACCUUCGAGCUGAAAAAUGGGAUGAAGGUACAAUGUGUUAAGGAGCCUUUUUCUCGAAGCAAGGCUCUGGUGAGGUCUUUGUCUCCUCUGUGGGAAGAGGGGUUACUUUUAGUUAGGUGCUCUGUAUUUUUGGCCGUGAUAUCUGGUGUAUGUUUAUUGGUAUGGUAUGGCCAAUCCAAAGCCAAGGGUUUUAUUGAAGACAAGCUUUUGCCUUCUGUUUGUUCAGUACUCAGUGAAUAUAUUCAGCGUGAAGUUGUUUUUGGUAAGGUUCGAAGGCUAUCACCUUUGAGCAUCACGCUGGAGUCCUGUUCGGUUGGGCCUCAUAGUGAGGAAUUUUCUUGUGGUGAGGUCCCAUCUAUGAAACUUCGCCUUUGUCCUUUUGCAAGUCUAAGGAGGGGAAGGAUUGUGAUUGAUGCAGUUUUGUCACAUCCAACUGUCUUGGUUGCGCAGAAGAAGGAUUAUACUUGGUUAGGGAUACCCUCAUCUGAAGGUGGUCUACAGAGACACUUAUCUACUGAAGAAGGAAUUGAUCAUCGAACGAAAACCCGGAGGCUUUCUAGAGAGGAAGCGGCUGCUCGCUGGGAAAGAGAAAGGGAUGAAGCAGCAAAGAAAGCUGCAGAGAUGGGCUACAUUGUUUCUGACAAGGCUUCCUGCCCAUCAAAAGGAGAUGACUCAAAGCAAGGUUAUAGCCAUUCUGCAGAUUUAGCAAGUUCUGAGUCUUUUCCAUGCAUGGAUGAAAAGAUGCACUGGAGGGAUCAUUGCAUGGACACAGGUGUUGAUUAUGAAAUAAAGCAUGCAGAUUUGGAGAAAUCAUUGGGUGUAAAAAUUCCUGGGUCAGGGCUUAAAUUUUGGUCCAGAGUGAUAAAGGGGCCUAAAAAGCACAAAUUUAAAAGGAAGGGUUAUGGGAGUGAUAUCUCUGCAUCUGGAAUUACUGCCAAAAGAAGAAUUCUCCAGUCCAGUGCAGUAAGGGCACUUGCAUAUUUUCAGGAUCUAUCUCAGGGGAAGUCUGACGAGCCUUCACAGUCAUCUGGCGGUUAUGAUGUGAUCAACCUUGACUCCUAUUUGAUGAACAAUGUGGUUGAAACUAAUGCCGGCACUUCUAUCACAAGUACUGGUGAAGAUACUUCAAGAGAUGACAACCAGGAUGGAAAACAUUGUGGAGAUUCAGCAGGCCAUCCUCUUAAAGAAAAUGAGAAUGUCAACAGUCAUUUAAGUAGUUUGAAUUAUAUACAUUUAAAUAGGUCUAAUGGAGGGGGGACAUCCAGUAAAAAUUCCGCUCCCUCUGCAAAUGCUGUAGGAACUAAUACUAAUAGUUAUAAUGUAAAAGAUGAGGAUUCUAGAGUUGAUGUUGUUAAUAAGCAUACUGAUGAUGAGAUAUCUGAGAGGCAAGCAGGUCAAACGUUGCAAAAUUCAACUUCCAUACUACCUUCGGUUGCAACGUAUGAUCAAGUUCCUAUCUGGCCCCUAAGCCUGAAAUUAGGCUUUCCCUCUUUUUCUAGAAAUUCCGGAGAGCCAUUAUCACAUCUUCUCUCUGGUUCCAUUCAAAAGCUGACGUCUAGCAUGGGAACCAGAGUUGACAAUAUUGUUGCAGAACUCGUAGAUGGGGUCAGUGUUGUGCAAUCUGAAGGCAUUGAGAAGAUGCUUCCAGUUACGCUAGAUUCAGUACAUUUCAAAGGAGGAACGCUGAUGCUACUUGCAUAUGGUGACAGGGAACCUCGUGUGAUGGAGAACGUUGAUGGACACGUGAAGUUUCAAAAUCACUAUGGUCGGGUUCAUGUACAACUUAGUGGAAACUGUCAGAUGUGGAGGUCCGAUAACUUAUCUGAAGAUGGUGGCUGGUUGUCUGCAGAUGUUUUUGUUGACAUUGUUGAACAGAAAUGGCAUGCUAACUUAAAAAUUGCCAACCUUUUUGUUCCGCUUUUUGAACGGAUCUUAGAAAUUCCAAUAAAUUGGUCCAAAGGAAGAGCCACUGGUGAGGUUCACUUGUGCAUGUCAGGAGGAGAAACAUUUCCAAAUCUUCAUGGACAGCUUGAUGUGACAGGGUUGGCUUUUCAAACAAUUGAUGCUCCAUCUUCGUUUUCUGACAUUUCAGCGAGCUUAUGUUUCCGUGGCCAACGAAUAUUCUUACACAAUGCAAGUGGCUGGUUUGGGGAUGUUCCCCUGGAAGCUUCUGGAGAUUUUGGUAUUCAUCCUGAGGAAGGAGAGUUUCAUCUUAUGUGUCAGGUUUCUUGUGUGGAAGUAAAUGCCUUGAUGAGAACUUUCAAGAUGAAACCUCUCUUGUUUCCGCUGGCUGGUUCAGUGACUGCUGUGUUUAACUGUCAAGGUCCAUUGGAUGCUCCUAUAUUUGUGGGAAGUGGAAUGGUAUCUAGAAGGAUUUCUCAAUCAGUUUCUGAUUUUCCUCCAUCUUCGGCAUCAGAAGCAGUUUUGAAAAGUAAGGAAGCUGGUGCAGUAGCAGCAUUUGAUCGUGUACCAUUUUCAUGCGUGUCGGCCAAUUUCACUUUUAACACUGAUAGCUGUGUUGCUGACUUGUAUGGAAUAAGAGCUAGCCUUGUAGAUGGAGGUGAAAUUCGAGGGGCAGGGAAUGCAUGGAUUUGCGCUGAGGGUGAGGUUGAUGAUACAUCAAUGGAUGUGAAUUUCUCCGGAAGUUUGUGCUUUGAUAAAAUUCUGCAUCGAUAUGUACCUGGGUAUCUUCAACUAAUGCCACUCAAAUUAGGGGAUUUAAAUGGGGAGACAAAACUUUCUGGAUCACUAUUGAGGCCGAGGUUUGACAUUAAAUGGACAGCUCCAAAAGCUGAAGGGUCCUUCAGUGAUGCUCGAGGAGAUAUCAUAAUCUCGCAUGAUUCCAUUACUGUUAAUUCCUCAUCUGCUGCUUUCGACUUGUCCUCAAAAGUUCAAACAUCUUACACUGACGAAGACUGGCUACGGAGAAGAGAUGCUGAUGCAAAGAGUGCCAUGCCAUUUGUUGUUGAGGGAAUUGACUUGGAUUUGCGUAUGCGUAGUUUUGAGUUUUUCAACUUGGUAUCUCCUUAUCCUUUUGAUUCUCCGAAACCUAUGCAUUUGAAAGCAACAGGCAAGAUCAAGUUUCAGGGAAAGGUUUUAAAGCCUUAUAUUGAUAAUGGACAAGAUUUUGGUUUUGAGAGGAAUAAGCAACCUGUGGAAAUGACAGAUAAAGGAAAGACAGACAGUCUUGUUGGAGAGGUUUCCAUUUCAGGUCUUAAAUUGAAUCAGUUGAUGUUGGCACCUCAGUUGGCUGGAUCAUUGAGCAUGUCGCGUGAGUGUAUCAAGUUGGAUGCCACAGGUAGGCCAGAUGAAAGUCUUGUAAUGGAGUUUGUUGGACCCUUGAAGCCUAAUAAUGAAGAUAAUUCCCAAAGUGGACAGUUGCUGUCUUUUUUCCUUCAAAAGGGGCAACUAAAAGCAAACAUUUGCUUCCAGCCAUUUCAUUCUGCUAGCUUGGAGAUACGCCAGCUACCACUGGAUGAAUUGGAGUUGGCCUCACUCCGUGGAACAAUACAGAAGGCCGAAAUUCAGCUUAAUCUUCAGAAACGAAGAGGUCAUGGACUGCUGUCUGUACUUCGGCCGAAAUUCAGCGGUGUGCUAGGUGAAGCCCUUGAUGUGGCGGCUAGAUGGAGUGGGGAUGUUAUCACUGUUGAGAAAACAGUCCUGGAACAAAGCAACAGCCGAUAUGAGCUUCAGGGUGAAUAUGUAUUGCCUGGAACGCGAGAUCGCAACCCUGCUGGAAAGGAAAAGGGUGGCUUGUUGGAAAGGGCAAUGGCUGGGCAUCUGGGUAGUGUCAUAUCUUCUAUGGGGAGGUGGAGAAUGAGACUGGAAGUUCCUAGAGCUGAGGUUGCUGAGAUGCUUCCCCUAGCCAGGCUUGUUUCUCGAAGUACAGAUCCUGCUGUUCAUUCAAGAUCAAAGGAUCUCUUUAUUCAGAGUUUGCAGUCAGUGGGAUUAUAUACUGAAAGUCUUACAGAACUACUCGAGGUUAUACGGGGACAUUAUACUCCAUUAAAUGAAGUUGUUCUAGAAGAAUUGAAUCUUCCAGGUUUAACUGAGCUUAGAGGUAGCUGGCAUGGCUCUCUUGAUGCAAGUGGUGGUGGCAAUGGGGAUACAAUGGCAGAAUUUGAUUUUCAUGGGGAGGAAUGGGAGUGGGGAACCUACAAAACUCAGCGUGUUCUGGCAGUUGGUGCAUACAGCAACGAUGAUGGUUUGCGCCUGGAAAAGAUGUUUAUUCAGAAAGAUAAUGCUACAAUUCACGCAGAUGGGACUUUGUUAGGGCCUAAAACGAAUCUUCACUUUGCUGUUCUAAACUUUCCUGUUAGUCUAGUUCCUACUGUGAUUCAGGUGGUUGAAUCUUCUGCUACUGAUGUGGUUCAAUCUUUACGGAAAUUUUUAGCACCAAUUAGGGGUAUAUUGCACAUGGAAGGCGAUCUCAGAGGGAAUCUUGCAAAACCAGAAUGUGAUGUGCAAGUAAGGCUCCUGGAUGGUGCCAUUGGGGGGAUUGAUCUUGGACGAGCUGAAAUUGUUGCUUCCCUAACCUCAACCAGUCGUUUUCUGUUCAAUGCAAAAUUUGAACCAAUCAUCCAAAUUGGCCAUGUUCACAUUCAAGGAAGUGUUCCUGUCACUUUUGUUCAGAAUAACAUGUCAGAGGAAGAAGAUUCAGAAAAAGAUAAAAGUCGUGCAAGUUGGGACCAUGGUUGGGUAAAGGAAAGAGGUAGGGGUUCCGUAGAUGACUCUGGUGAAAAGAAACUUUCAAGAGAGCGAAAUGAAGAAGGGUGGGAUACUCGAUUAGCAGAAAGCCUCAAAGGUUUAAACUGGAACCUUCUCGAUGUAGGGGAAGUCAGAAUAGAUGCUGAUAUUAAAGAUGGGGGCAUGAUGCUGUUAACUGCCCUAUCUUCUUAUGCUAAAUGGCUUCAGGGAAACGCUGAUGUCAUACUUCAGGUCAGAGGCACAGUCGAACAACCAGUGCUGGAUGGAUAUGCAUCAUUCCACAGGGCAUCCAUAUCAUCACCAGUUCUCUGGAAACCACUCACAAACUUCGGUGGCACAGUUCAUGUGAAAUCGAAUAGGUUAUGCAUCACUUCGUUGGAGAGUAGAGUAAGCAGAAGGGGGAAACUGUUUGUAAAAGGAAACCUGCCCCUUAGAACAAGUGAAGCAUCCCUUGGAGAUAAAAUUGACUUGAAAUGUGAAGUUCUGGAAGUACGUGCAAAGAAUAUUCUGAGCGCCCAGGUUGACACUCAGAUGCAGAUAACUGGUUCUAUAUUGCAACCUAACAUCUCUGGAAGUAUUAAAUUGAGCCAUGGUGAAGCAUAUCUACCACACGAUAAGGGUAGUGGGGCUGCUACUAAUAGAUUGGCAUCAAAUGAGUCCAGGCUCCCUGGUACUGGUGUCGAUCGAGUAGUUGCCUCGAGGUAUGUUUCGCGGUUUUUCAGUUCACAACCUGCUGCUUCAAGGACAAAGUUCCCUCGACCUUCAGUUCAACCAACUGAAAAGGAGAUGGAGCAAGUGAACAUUAAACCGAAUGCAGACAUUCAGCUUAGUGAUUUGAAGCUCGCUCUAGGACCAGAGUUGAGGGUAGUUUAUCCUUUAAUCCUCAAUUUCGCAGUUAGUGGAGAGCUUGAAUUAAAUGGCCCGGCUCAUCCCAAAUCGAUACAACCUAGAGGUGUCUUAACUUUUGAGAAUGGUGACGUAAAUCUUGUUGCAACUCAGGUGAGGCUCAAGCAAGAGCAUCUGAAUAUUGCAAAAUUUGAGCCUGAACAUGGUCUAGAUCCAAUGCUAGAUUUAGUUUUGGUAGGUUCUGAGUGGCAAUUCAGGAUUCAAAGUCGAGCCAGAAACUGGCAGGACAAACUGGUUGUAACUUCUACUGGCUCUGUGGAACAGGAUGCCAUCUCACCUACUGAGGCUGCCAGAGUUUUCGAAAGUCAAUUGGCAGAGUCCAUCUUGGAAAACGAUGGGCAGCUUGCAUUCCAAAAGCUUGCAACUACAACACUCGAAAAACUGAUGCCAAGAAUAGAAGGGAAGGGAGAGUUUGGCCAGGCAAGGUGGAGGCUAGUGUAUGCACCACAGAUCCCUAGUUUGCUUUCUGUUGAUCCUACAGUGGAUCCUCUCAAAUCCCUGGCCAGUAAUAUUUCAUUUGGUACAGAAGUUGAAGUCCAACUUGGGAAACGUCUUCAGGCCACAAUUGUUAGGCAAAUGAAGGACUCAGAGAUGGCAAUGCAAUGGACCUUAAUCUACCAGCUUUCGAGCCGCCUGCGGGUUCUCCUACAGUCUGCUCCGUCAAAACGCCUCCUUUUCGAAUAUUCUGCUACGUCUCAGGAUUAGUCUGCUAGCCAAUUUUCUUUUAGCUCUAACUUUUCUGUGGAUCAGAUCAAGCCUUCAAUUGGAGCUUUGAAAUCUCAGUCAGUUAUACGUUCUAUUUCUUUCUUCUUCCUUUACUUUUUAAGUUUCUGAUUAUGUAUAAUUAUUCUUUGCUCAAAAUUGAAUGAGCUCCUUUGUAAGUUCAAUGCGUUCAAUUUGUAAAUAGUUCAAUAUUAUCAAUGAAAGAAAAUUACCGGUUCUAAGUUUCCAAC